AUGUCUGUGUCCUAUGUUGAUCAUCUUCUCUCCAUACCUGAGAACCAUCUAUUGGGCUACGUCGUAGCUGCAUUUAUGCUUUACCUAUCUGUUCGUUCACUCUUCAAUGUAGACCGUGUUCUUGCAAAGCUCUGGCCGUCAUUAGUGCUACUCUUCUCUUACUACCGUUACCGUUUGGCCGUUGCUGGCUUUUCCUCCUCUCUAUUACUCCAGCUCUUGACUGUAGUACAUCAGCGUGCUUUUCUAGUUGAAGCUGUCUUUAGUGACACGCUUAUUCUGGUCGUCGUGGUCUCCACCUUCUCUGCAGUCGCAAACAUUGUGCGUCGCCUGCGCUACGUGUCUCGUAAGAAGCUGCUCAAUGUCGUGGGUGGUGCAGUGCUCGCCGGUCUCAAACGACUGCCUAUUGUAUCCACGAAGGUGGCCGCGGAGAUGAAAAAGAUUGAAAAGGAGGUGGAGAACUUGCUUAAAGGCCAUGAUCCACUUGCCUCCAAGAUGGAAAAGCUCUACGCUCUCCCAGAAAAGGGCAUGGAUGACGAGAAACUGCUGACGCUUAUGGAAAAUUUGGCAGGCAAUGAUGAUGACAAAUGGAGAGAAGGACUCGUGUCUGGAGCUGUGUAUUAUGGAGAGAAGGAGCAUUUGGAUGUGCUGAACAAGGCCUAUGCUCUAUUUGCAGUAUCUAAUCCACUGCACGCCGACUUGUGGCCAGCGGUAAAUAAAUUUGAAGCAGAGGUGAUAGCGAUGACGGCGGGGCUGGUGAACGGAGGCCACUCGGAGGUGUGUGGCACACUCAGUUCCGGUGGUACAGAGAGCAUUUUUCUUGCGACCAAGGCCCAUCGCGAGUACUACCGCCAUAAACACGGCAUUACCAAGCCUGAGAUCAUUGCUUGUGUUACGGCUCACGCUGCAAUCGACAAGGCCUGUGACGUCCUAGGAAUCAAGCUAAUCAAGGUGCCAAUGGACCCCAAAACGCUCAAGGUCAACUUGAACGCAGUGCGCUGGAGCAUCUCGGCUAACACAAUUUUGCUCUACAGCAGCGCGCCAAACUUUCCGCAUGGUAUGAUCGACGACAUUGAAGCACUUUCGAAGAUUGCCGUUCAGAAUGAUGUUGGUCUUCAUGUUGAUUGCUGCCUUGGUGGAUUUGUGCUGCCGUUCGCACGCAAAUUACGCCAAGACAUCCCCCUCUUCGACUUUUCACUGCCAGGAGUGACCAGCAUGUCGUGUGAUACGCACAAGUACGGCUACGGCUCGAAGGGAACGUCUGUGGUGCUGUACAAGAAUGCGGAAAUUCGGCGAUUCCAGUACUUUUCGUACCCAGAUUGGACAGGUGGACUUUACGUGACACCCACUCUUGCAGGCAGCCGUCCUGGUGCACUAAGCGCUGCAGCUUGGGCUUCAAUGGUACGUCUUGGUCACGAAGGCUAUAUUGAGAAGACCAAGGGCAUCUUAGACACGGUGGAUGAGAUCAAGGCUGGCAUUCAGCGCAUUGAUGGCAUCCACCUACUGGGAGAUCCGAAAGUGAUGGUCGUGAGUUUUGCUGGCAAUGAGGGAAUAAAUGCUCUUAAGGUCAGCGACGCAAUGACGAAGCACGGAUGGAGUCUCAAUCCGCUGCAACACCCGACAUCUGUGCACUUAUGCGUUACUGUUCGUCACAUUGGUAAGGCAAAGAAGUUCUUGGAUGCUCUUGAGGCAGCUGUGAACCAGAUAAAGGAAGACCCUGACCCAUCAUCACCCGAGGGUGGCAGCGCCAUUUACGGCAUGGCCUCAAGUCUUCCCGCUGGACCCGUGGACGAUCUGUUGCGCAUGUACACGGAUAUCUCGCUCAAGGUGUAA